AUGCAAAACCCGAACCACCAAAACAAAACACGAACCACCAAAACAAAACCCAAACCACCAAAACAAAACCCGAACCACCAAAACAAAACCCGAACCACCAAAACAAAACCCGAACCACCAAAACAAAACCCGAACCACCAAAACAAAACCCGAACCACCAAAACAAAACCCGAACCACCAAAACAAAACCCGAACCACCAAAACAAAACCCGAACCACCAAAACAAAACCCGAACCACCAAAACAAAACCCAAACCACCAAAACAAAACCCGAACCACCAAAACAAAACCCGAACCACCAAAACAAAACCCGAACCACCAAAACAAAACCCGAACCACCAAAACAAAACCCGAACCACCAAAACAAAACCCGAACCACCAAAACACUCACAUUCGCAAUAUUACUACAAUUUUUGUUUUCACCCACAUACCAUCAUUGAAACACUACACAUCCUACUCGAUAUUUAACAAGUGA